UACACACUACACGGUCACCCUUUCUUUCCCUUCCUACGUGCAUUUGAGAUUCCCCUUACUUUCCCCUCUUCAACCCCUCAAUCUCAGCUUAAAGAAUCUUUGAGUUUAACUAUCAUCCCAAUCCCUUGAACCUCGGUUUCUCUGCAAAGGGUCUCAAUUUUCUUGUAUUUUUUUUCCCUUUCUUGAAAUCCUAAACUUACAGGCUCGCUUUCCCAUAUAUAAAUAUAUAUUUGUUUGUGCAUGUGCGUGUUUUAUGGCUCACAUGAGUGGAACGCACAAAGAUGGAUCUCAGCAGAGCCAUGGUUCAACUUCAUACAAUGGAAAUUCUGUGCAUGGAAUGGAGAGUGCCAUCCCCACGUUUCAGCACCAACAGACAAUCUCUAUGGACUGGACACCAGAAGAACAAGCUAUCUUGGAAGAAGGUCUUGCCAAAUAUGCUUCUGAGUCGAGCAUUAUCCGCUAUGCAAAGAUUGCAGUGCAGCUGAAAAAUAAGACAGUUCGUGAUGUGGCAUUGCGCUACCGAUGGAUGACUAAGAAAGAAACUAGCAAGAGAAGGAAGGAGGAUCUUAAUGCCUCAAGGAAAAGUAAAGAUAAAAAGGAAAAGUUUGUCGAUCCUCUAGCAAAGCCCUCUCGUUUGGGGGCCCGGCCGAGUUUACUUCAUGCUUCAGGAAUGAUUAACAAUAACAAUGGUGAUAGCAUCUUAUAUAAUGGCAUCAAUGCUGUAACUCGGGAGCUUCUUCAGCAGAACAGUUGGGCCUUCGAACAGAUAUCUGCUAAUUUGAACACUCAUCAGUUACAUGAGAACCUCCAUCUACUGAGUAAAGCACGAGAGAACCUCUUCAGAAUCUUGAACAACUUGGACAACAUGACUCCAACAAUGAAGAAGAUGCCUCCACUUCCUAGAUUGAAUGAAGAGCUAGCCAACUCCAUUCUUCCUCCCUUAAACUCUCUCGAUGCUACGAUAAUCCAGCCGUCAAAGAAGGUCGAUUAUUAUCUACCUACCUAGUUACCGAAUUCGCAAAAGUUACCAAGUAAAAAAAGAAUUGUGAAUUAAAUAGCUAGAAAUUUUCUUUUCCUGCAAAGCUGAUGUGAUUUUAUAAUGCUUCUAAUGAUACUUCUUUUCUUGCUUGGUUGUGCAAUUUAUCUUUGUUACUUUAGUUGUAGAGAAAUGUUUAGAACUUCAAUUGAGAAAAUUUGAUUUUAUAAACAUGACACCAAAUGGUUAUAUUGAA